GUCCGAAAGGUUGGCAUGGGCCGCGCAGGCGCCGGCUCCCCGGGUCGCUGCAGGCAGCGGCGCCGGUUGCCGGGCAGGCGGCGACGGCGGCGGCGGCGGCGCCGCGCCCUCGGGCGGCGGAAGGCUCCAGCUUACGAUCGCAGGAGGACGCGCCCCGGGCGGAAGGAGCUUUGUCCUGAGUGUAGGGGGCAGGCACAGCCCGCGGCCUGGAAGAGUGGCUGUUGUGUCCAGUAUCAGGAUCCGUGCGCCUCCCGUGACCACUGGCGCUGUGCUCAGUCAAUGCACGAAUUCUCAGCCAAGGACAUCGACGGGCGCAUGGUUAACCUGGACAAAUACCGGGGCUUCGAGUGCUUCAUUAACAACGUGGCCUCACAAUGAGGGAAAACACACGUAAACUACACUCAGGUUGUCGGACUGGACGCACGAUAUGCUGAAUGCGGUUUACGGAUCCUGGGUUUUCCCUUUGCAAACCAGUUCGGGGAGGGAGGUGCUAAGGGUUGCUGGCCACAGGAGCCAGGGACUAAUGCCGAGAUCAAAGAGUUCGCUGCCGGCUAUAAUGUCAAACUCUAUCAUGAUAGCAAGAUCUGUGUGAACGGAGAUGAUGCCCACCCUCUGUGGAAGUGGAUGAAAGCCCAGCCCAAGGGGAGGGGCAUCCUGGGAAAUGCCAUCAAAUGGAACUUCACCAAGUUCCUCAUUGACAAGAAUGGUUGUGUGGUGAAGCGGUAUGGUCCCAUGGAAGAGCCCCAGGUCAUAGAGAAGGACCUGCCCUGCUACCUUUAGCUCCACAAGUGUGCACCCCCACAUCUGAGCCCACCGCCUGCGCCCCUCGGAGCCUUCCACCCGGCACUCAUGACAGUCUGUCUAAAAACCAGCCUGCUGGUGGGGCAGACCCGAGAACCCGGCGUGCACCUCUGCCGGAGGAAGGCCCCUCGGCCAGGCCUGGCUCGCAGCUCUGCACCCCACCCCUGGCUGCCUUGUGGGAAUAAAACAUACAAAUUGG